GAAAAAUUAAAACCCACGUCACGUCUUGUCGGUUUAUACUUUUACAGAAAAAAAGUGAUGAUUGAUUGCUUCACCUUCCACAUUUCUUGCAACUCCAAAUCAUCUUCACCAAACUCUGGUAACAUUCAACCAUUCUCUUCUUCAUCUUCACCAAACUCUGUUCUCGGCGGUUAAACCAUGGGGAGGUUGUUUGCGGUUCAUCUGGAAGGGAGAGUCUAUAGCUGUAAACACUGUCGGACCCAUCUUGCUCUUUGUGAAGACAUCGUCUCCAAGUCUUUCCAGUCCAGACAUGGGAAAGCUUAUCUCUUCAGUAAGGUAGUGAAUGUUUCCCUUGGAGAAAAAGAGGAUAGGAAUAUGCUCACUGGGAUACAUACUGUGGCUGACAUUUUCUGUGUGGGUUGUGGAUCAAUUGUGGGUUGGACAUACGAAACUGCUCAUGAAAAAAGCCAGAAGUACAAGGAAGGAAAAUCUGUUAUUGAACGGUUCAAGGUGUCAGGUCCUGAUGGCAGCAAUUAUUGGGUGAGCCGUGAAGCUCAUAUUAGUGGAAGUGAUGCAGAUGAUGUUUAGUCAUCUCAAUAUUACCAAUUGAAUUGUACAUUCCUUAGAACCCCUCCCUAUUUCCUUGUCCAGUGAAUGUGGAUAUAUAAGGGCAACUUAUCUAAAUCAGCAUUUUGCCCAAAAGACAAAUUAACUACAUUUGAUAGGUGAUUCUGAUGUAAAACUAACUUAUGUUCAAACUUCUAAUCAAUUCUGGUUUUCAUUUUGUUA